UACCGCCAGCGGGUGGGGGCCCGGAGGCUGCGGGAGCCCGGGAGCUCAGGGGCGGCGGCGGCCCAGCCCAGGUGCCUGGCGCACAGGCGAGCGCAGUGCGGAGCCACCCCGCGAGCGCGACGGUCGUGGCGCCGGCGUGCACGGGGCCCCACGCGCCCACCCUCCGCACCUGCCGCGGGGUCCAAAAGGGAUCCUGCAAAAAUGAGCUAUUCUCACCCCACUGGAUUACUUGCAGCAUAUAAUAGCCUUACUGAUAAACACCUGGCUGGAUAUUUUAACAACACCAGGAUAAGGCGGCAUCUCUUAAGAUCAGGGCUGAUCACAAGAAGUGGAAGAAUUCUUUCUGAAAAAGAAUACAAACUAAAUAUCAUGAAGAGGGAUCACCAAAAAUAUAUCCGGGAAUGCUUAGCCCAGGCUAUUUUCCACAAGGUUCUUGAUAUGGAGCGUUACCAUCAGCUUGAAAUAAAAAAGAAACUGGAGACCUUAGCUAGGAAGGAGCGAAUUCAGAGAUUUAAGGGAGAGCCCACAAGAUGGUCUAUAGAAAGCAACAUGCCAAUCCUGUCUCCCCGCCCGCCACUUGGCCCAAAGACCAGCCGUGGCCAUAGUGUUCUGGUUGAUGAAGGACAUUGCAGUCCAAUAGCACUGACAGUCCCUCGACCAUACACUGCCCCAGGAAAUAUGCAGCCUCCAAUUCGAUUACAGCCUCUUCCCAGUAAUCCUGCAGUAGGAACUGUUCCAAAGAUAACUUCAGGAUCGAGAUCAAAAGCCUCAUUGCUGGAAAAUGAAGCUCCAUUUCCCAUUGGGGGCAAGAAGGCAGUGAUGAAGUUCAGGAACUCCAUGGACAAUUCACAGGGAAUGAAUCGAUAUCAAUUUCCGAACAUUAACAACUACAUGAUGCCUAUUCCUCCUUCACCUCCUCCCACCAAAGGAAAAAUCACAAGGGAAAAUAGACCUGAAACAUGGAGAAGGAGAAGAUUUCGUCCAGUCACUGCUCCAAAUGGCUUAGAACCUCUCUUUACCAAGGAUUCAAGAAGGAUUCACAAAACACCUCUGCAUAGUAAUGCAGCCAUUACAAUGAUCUAUUUGGGGAAAAAUGUGCACUUAUCCUAUGAUCACCCAGACUUCCGGGAUGAAAUAAAGGUUUAUCAACAACACUGUGGUGGGGAAAACCUUUGUGUCUACAAAGGCAAACUACGUGAAAAAGAGACCUUUCAGUUUAUUUCCAAAAGGCACCACGGUUUCCCCUUCAGUCUCACCUUUUUCCUGAACGGGAUGCAGGUGAACAGGUUAAGCUCCUGCUGUGAAUAUAAGCAUCGAAAAGGUUCCAGACUUGGAGGCAAACGAGGCUACUUUGGGUUUGUGCGUGUCGAGAGAUCAUCUCCUUGCUACAAGUGCAUUAUUGCAAUGGGCCUUGACAAAAAACCAGUGUCACCAAAACCUAGGAAAGAAAAGAGUAUUGAGAAAAGAGAAGACCUGAAGAAGGCUGAGGGGAAACUGAGGAAGGAUAGAGAGUACCUGAUACCAAGAAGGAAUGAGAUGGAGGGGAGCAAAACUUCUGCUUCAGUCAUUUCUUCAGCUCAGGAAGAAAAACCAGGGUUCAGAGAAGUGAGAACUGCUGUAGAAGAAAUGGAACUAAGAGGAAAACCAGGACAAGAUGUUUGGGAGGAUGACCAGGAAAAUAUAUUUAAAUAUGAAUAUGAAGAAGAUUUUGAAGCAGAUGAGGAGAAACAAGAUGAGAAAGCUAAUGAGGAAGGACGGGCUGAUGAUCAAAUGAAUGGAAUGUCAAAGUCACCCUGGGAUGAUGAAAAAGAUAACUCAGACCCCGGAAAGGAGAGUGAAACCUUGUGGCAGGAGGCACCAGAUGCUGAUGACAAUGUGAAAGAUGAAGGUGCUGGACGCUCUGAGAGUGAAUCGGAAGAAGAUAAACAAGAUGUAAAAACUGCUUCAUCAGCCUCAUCCAGAAGUCAGCCGUAUUCUAGUUGCAGUGAAGAUGAAUCUGCACUGGGGGACAGGGAAGCCCACUCUGAAAACAGUCCAAACGAAAGUGCCAGCAGUUCAUCUUCACAGGAGCUGAGUGAAAAUGAUGAGCCAGGAAAAUCCCACCUUCCAAUUGUGGAUUCCCUAGAAAUUGAAACUGAAGACCAAAAAAGGAUAAAAGCAGAUGUGGAGACCAAGCUUCUGCCAAUAGAGGAAGGCUUAGAGAAUGUUCUUGAAGAAGAAACAGAGGAAGGAACCCCAGUGAUUGCAGAGGGCUUAUCUGAGAAAUCGAGGGAACAUGUUUCCAAGGAAGAAAGGGAAAAGGAUAAGAGUGAGCUUUGGGAAGGAAGCACUGUGAAGGUGAAGGACAAAAAGGCAGGUGCCCUUAGGGUGGAGCAAGGUGUUGGACAGAUAAUAGCUGAAGCCGUGGAACCUGGCUGCCACUGCCACAAGGGCACUGAGUCAGGUGUCAGCAGUGCAGAUGAGGGGGAGACGUACUCGAGGAAGCCGGAGAACGACACAGGCGCAGCCCCAAAUUUAAUGAUGGAGGAAAGUCCAGCACUCUACUCAAACAAGGAAUCCAAGCAAGUUGACUCAGAAAUGUAUACGCUGCAGAAGAAAGAAGCAGUGGAGGAAGAUGUAGUUCCCCAACGCAGGGAUGCUGAUGCAAUAGAAGAGGAAGGGGAUGCAGCUCUGUGGGAAAAAGCAGGGGUUGAUGAGGUUCCCUUGGACCGGUGGAAGCCAACAGCAGAGCAGUCAGCAUUGGUAGAACAGUUUACAGAGGAAAGAGAGGUCCCUCAGGGCAUAGCAAGUGGGGCAGGGGCAGCAGUCGAUGGGGAUAGAAGGCUGAAUAAAGAGGGGUUAAACUCCAUGGGAAAAGAAGCAGCAAGAGACUCUGGAGGUCUGCAGGAAGAUGAGGCUCCCAAAGAGCAGAUGAAAACAGUGCUGGAGACAGAGAAGGCAGCUCCUGAAGAGGAACAGGGUUUGGAGAAGUCACUGCUUCCAAGCAAGGCAGCAGCUCUGAACUUAGAGCAUGUUCAGGAGACAGCAGUCUUGAGAGAAGCAGUGAUGCCAGAGAAGAGAGAGGCUAAGAGAGGGGAGGCUAUGAGUGAGGCAGGGCCCAAAAAGCCAGAUGUGGAAGAAAGUGAAGAGGAAGCAUUCACAGACCUAGAGGGACCCAUGAAAGAUGCUGUAUCUGAGAGAGAGGAUAGGUCAGAAGAGGCAAUACUCAGGGGAGAGGAACCAGUCAGAGAGAGGAAGGCAGUUAUGGGAGUGGAAACACCUUUGAGCUCCCCAACCUCUGAGAAGGCCCAGGCAACCUGGAUGGGGGUUUUGGAGGACAGCCUGGAAGACCUUUCUAAGGAAGAUGCAGAUGGGAAGGAGGUUGAGACUGUGGCAGAAUCUAAUAGGGAAGAUGAUAGGAAAGAAAUGUUCCCUGAGGAAUUAGAUGCAGCAACAGAGAGGAGGAAAGCUGAGAGGCCAGAAACACCUCUGGGGGAAACUGAAUCUGAGAGAGAAGAGGUGACAAGGGCAAAUACCCUUCAGGAUGAAGACACUUUAUCAGAAGAGCAAAAGUGUAAAGGGGAAGAGAGGGAAACUGUGAGGGAAGGAAGACCCGAGGAAGAGACACAAGCCCCCCAAAAUGAAAUGGAAUGUGAUGCUGAGGAUGAGGCACCGGUGGGGGCAUCUGAAUUGACUGAACACGCAGGGCCUCAAGGAGAAGAUUCACUGAGAGAGGGAGGGGUGACCAUGUUUGAAGCAGCAGCUGGAUUUGAAAAGUCGCUGGAAGACACGGCAGCUCUGAGGAAAGAGGGAGGAGGCGAAAGACUGAGAGAAGCUGGAGACACAGAGCGGGAAGGCAAAGCAGAGCUUCUGGGCAGGGAGAACAUGGCUCCUUCAGAGCAGGAUAAGGGGCCCGGCCCAGAGGGAGAGGGUGUGUUAGGAGCUCCUGAGAGUGAGCUCGCAGGACAGGCACAGGCCCUUGAGGCCAGGAUCACAGGCAAGGCCGGGGAGUGUGCAGCCAAAGAUCAAGGUGGCCUUGCAGGAUGGGAGGGGAGGGAAAACAAAGAGCCUUUACAAGGGCCAGAGGGAGUAGGGGUCAUGACAAUGACCAAAGAAGAUGUUCCUGAGGGAGAUGCCGUGAUGGCAGGAAAGUUGGGUGAAGAAGCGAUGGAUGAGGAGCCAGAGGAGGAGGUGCAUAAAGAGUGCACCCUGGGGGUGGGAGUGACGAGGAAUGGGGACACAGAGGGGGACAGGAGCUUGCUGGGAGGAGUGGUUGUGGCUGAGGAAGAUCUCCACCAAGGAGGAGGAGCCGCAGAGAAGAGGGAGGUGUUGGAAGAUUCAAAGACACCUGAAGGGAAAAGAGAGGCAGAGAAAGCCGCCUCUUUUUCAGAUGUUGCUGAUGAGGAAACUUGGCACCGAGUGGAUGAGUUACAAGGAAAAAUGGCAGCUGCAGAGAAGGUGGUGGCAGAGGAAACAAAGCUGAGCGGGGAGGAGGUGCCGGUGGUGGAGGAGGUGCCGGUGACUUGGAGACUAGAAGCUGGGGCGGGGACUGUAGGAGCACCCUCAGAUCUGGAAGGGAAGACCCCACAGCCAGGGCAGGAUCAAGAAGACGGGGCAGCUGAAACCACUCAGAGGGCAGAGUCAGCGGGGGAGGAGCCCAGGGUGGGGAGCCAUGCUGGGGGGCAGGAGUGGGGUGCAGCUGAAGAGUUCAGACUAGGAUUAUCCCAAGACAGAGAGCCAGAGCUGAGGAGAGGGAGUCUACCGGACAUGGAAACACUUCCUGUAAAGCACGAUUGCACUGGAACCCAAGAGAAGCAAGAGAGGGCAGUGCAAAGAGAAAGUAAGAAUGCAGACGUUUCCCCGAACAACACGAGGGCCUAAGAGACGUGGUGGC